AUGAGUUAUCCAGGUGCAAGAUAUCACAAAUAUCAUCCAGGAACACCUAGCAAUCAGAAUACUUAUGUAUAUACGGGAUUUCCUCCAAAUUCAUGCCCUCCACAAGCUAUGCAACCGUCUCCACAUCCAUAUUAUGGAGGUCCAAUAAAUCAAGAACCAUAUGGAUAUUACUGUUUACCUCCAUGUACGCCUCAACAAGGGUCUUUUGUACCACCUGAAACUGUAAAUCAAGGAAAUUCUAGAAUACCAGCAACAAAUCAACCAAAUUUUCAGUAUUCUAAUUGUUUAGGAAGAAAGAAAGCGUUAUUCAUUGGUAUUAAUUAUUUUGGAACUCGUAGACAACUUUCAGGGUGUAUUAAUGGUGAAGAUAUAUACUUUUUGCUUUUUUCCAUGACUAGAGCAAUUUUAGAUGUACAUAACAUUUCACAAUUUGUUCAAGAACGCUAUGGUUAUCAUAUUGAUGAUAUAGUAAUUCUUACAGAUGAUCAAACAAAUCCUCGUGGUAUUCCGACAAAAAAAAAUAUUAUUGAUGCAAUGCAUUGGCUUGUAAAAGACGCUAAACCUAAUGAUAGCCUUUUUUUCCAUUAUAGUGGUCAUGGAGGGCAAAUAGAUGAUAUGGAUGGUGAUGAAGAAGAUGGAAGUGAUGAAGUAAUAUACCCUGUUGAUUCUAAUCAUGCAGGCUAUAUUACAGAUGACAUCAUGCACAAUAUUCUUGUUAGAUCUUUGCCACCUGGUUGUCGUCUUACUGCUAUAUUCGACUGUUGUCAUUCAGGUUCUAUUCUGGAUUUACCUUUUACUUAUUCUACUGAAGGAAAACUUAAAGAACAAAACCUUCUUUCUGAUUCAGCAAACAAGUUACUAAGAGAAGGGCCUUCGGCAAAAGGUGUGAUAGGAAUGACUUCAUCUAUUUUUAAAAUGGUUAAAAAAGCUACGAACUUAAAUAAUAAUUCUCACCAAGCAAAAUAUGCAAAGGCAUCUCCUGCGGAAGUAAUUAUGUUUUCAGGUUGUAAAGAUUCUCAAACUUCUGUUGAUACAUGUGUAAGAAAUCAAGCUACUGGUGCAAUGAGUUGGGCGUUUAAAAAUGCUCUUUUAAAGAUGCCAAAUCAAUCAUAUUUACAAUUAUUGAAUUCAAUUAGAUGUGAAUUAUAUCAAAGAUAUGAUCAAAAACCUCAAUUAAGUUGCUCUCACCCUAUUGAUUUGAAUCGUUUAUUUAUUUUGUAA